AUGUUUCCAUUGGCUCGUAUAAGAUCCGUUGCACAGACAUCGCAGCCCUUGGCUCGUCUCUUCCGCUCUUCCUGCCGCGUACGUAAGGAGGUUGAAGUCACCGUUGACAACAUCAAGGUUAUGAUUGAGGAUGGCUCUUCCAUCAUCCAGGCGUGUGACAAGGCCGGGGUCACAGUGCCUCGUUACUGUUACCAUGAUAAGCUUGCCAUUGCCGGUAACUGUCGUAUGUGUCUUGUUGAUGUUGAAAAGGCACCAAAGUUGAUUGCGUCAUGUGCAUUCCCCGUCAGGGAUGGAAUGGUUGUCCACACCGAUAGCGAACGUGUGAAGCAGUCGAGAGAAGGUAUCACUGAGUUUUUGCUUGAGAACCACCCUCUGGAUUGUCCUGUUUGUGAUCAGGCUGGUGAAUGUGACUUGCAAGAGCAAACCAUGAGAUACGGUUCCGACAGGGGCCGUUUUGUCGAAGCCGCUGGUAAGAGAGCUGUUGAGAACAAGGCUAUUGGCCCACUCAUCAAGACCUCUAUGAACCGUUGCAUCCACUGCACUAGAUGUGUUAGAUUCUUGAACGAUGUUGCCGGUGCUUCUGAAUUUGGUACUACUGGUCGUGGUAACGACAUGCAAAUUGGAACCUACGUUGAGAGAAACGUCAACUCUGAGUUGUCUGGUAACAUCAUCGACUUGUGCCCUGUUGGUGCAUUGACCUCCAAGCCAUAUGCUUUCAAGGCCAGACCAUGGGAAUUGAAGAGAACUGAAACAAUCGACGUUUUGGACGCUGUUGGUUCAAACAUCAGAGUUGACUGUAGAGGUGUUGAGGUUAUGAGAGUACUUCCUAGAUUGAACGAUGAUGUGAACGAAGAGUGGAUCUCUGAUAAGACCCGUUUUGCCUGUGAUGGUUUGAAGACUCAAAGAUUAACCACACCAUUAGUUAGAGUUGGUAACAACUUUGAGCCAGCUACUUGGGAAGAGGCUCUCUCCACCAUCGCUGCUGCUUACAAGAAGAUCCAGCCACAAGGUGCUGAAUUGAAGGCCAUUGCCGGUGCCUUAUCUGAUGUCGAAUCCAUGGUUGCCUUGAAAGAUUUGAUCAACACCCUUGGCUCUGAGAACCUCACUACAGAUGACAUUGCCAGAGAGAAUGAGCCAGCACCAUACGGCGCUAACGUGAAGUCCAACUUUGUCUUCAACAGUUCUAUCUACGGUAUCGAGAGUGCAGAUCAAAUUCUGCUUGUUGGUACAAACCCACGUCAUGAGGCUAGUGUCUUGAAUGCUAGAAUUAGAGGUACCUGGUUGAACAGCGAUUUGGAGAUUCACCACGUUGGUGAGUCGUUUGAUUCCACAUUCGACUUAAACCACGUUGGUGAAACCGCAAAUGACCUUGCUUCUGCAUUGGCCGGAGAUGUUGGUAAAAAGCUCGCUUCUGCUAAGCAUCCAAUGAUCAUUCUUGGUUCUGCUGUUGCAAACUCUGCUGACUCUAAGGCUAUCUAUUCAACUGUGAGCAAGUUCGUUAAGGAGCAUGAGAGUAACUUUAUCACAGAUGAAUGGAAUGGAUUCAACGUUCUACAACGUGAAGCUGCUCGUGCUGGUGCUUUGGAAGUUGGUUUCUUCAACAACUCCAGAGCCAACGCUGAGACCAAACCAAAGUUCCUGUACUUGUUGGGUGCAGAUGAAAUUAAGAACCAAGAUAUUCCACGUGAUGCAUUUGUUGUUUACCAAGGUCACCAUGGUGAUUUGGGUGCUUCUUUUGCAGAUGUUAUUCUUCCAGGAUCUGCAUACACUGAAAAGAACGCUACCUAUAUCAACACUGAAGGUAGAGUUCAAAUGACAAGAGCUGCUACCAACCCACCUGGUUCUGCAAGAGAAGACUGGAAGAUCAUUCGUGCAGUUUCAGAGUUCUUGGGCUCGCCUUUAAAGUAUGAUAACGUCCAUGCCUUGAGAUUCAGAAUGGGCGAGAUCUCUCCAAGUUUGCUCGUUCCAAACGUGUUACAGCCAGUAAGCUCAGCAAUUGCCAAGCUUGGAAUUAACUCUUUAAGUACCAUCGAUGCUAAGGCCACCGGUGUCGCAUUAAAGAACCCUAUUGAGAACUAUUGGAUGACCGAUGUUAUUUCUAGAAGUUCUGUCACCAUGGCCAAGUGUAUUGCUAGCUUUGGAGAGAAGGGUGAUAAAAUCCAUGAUGAAAACCCUGAUUACGCCAUGGCAUGA